AAAACCUUCAAAGCAUUUCGCACAAAACCGACACAACCUCCCUUAUAAGUUACAUUUGGAGACCUAUAUUUUACUAUAAUCCAUUCAAAAUGGGAGAUGCCCAGGAAAGCUGCAGACAACUGCUUCCGCGUGCGAUCUUUGGGAUCAACGGAAAAGUGGAGAAUGGAGUGCGCCAGCAUCCGGUAACUGGAUCCAUUAUCUUUCCACUUGGGAACAAAAUAGGUAUCGCUGACUAUAAGAAAAACACCCAGGAAUUUGUAGCAGGACAUACAAAUACCAUAUCAUGCCUGGAUCUCAGCAAGAGCGGCAAAUACAUGGCCUCCGGUCAGAUAAAUCACAUGGGCUUUCGGGGCUAUGUGAUCAUCUGGGAUUACGACCAGCGAAAGGAGAUCUCCCGACAUGAUCUUCACAAGGUCUCGGUGCAGGCCAUAUGCUUCACGGCCGAGGAUCGCUGCGUGGUGUCCAUUGGAGGCGUGGAUGACGGAUCCGUCAUCGUUUUCGACAUGGAGGCCUUCUCUCCCAUUUGCCAAACACCCGCCUCGAGGGCUAUAUCCGGAAAUGCAUUGACAAUCCGGCCGAUGCACAAUAACCCGUACUUUUUUGUAACUGCCGGGGAUCGGCAUCUGCGCCUGUGGAGCAUUCUACGCGAGGAGAAGAAGCUUUACGUUCAGGAUGUUCUGAUGGCCAGCAAGACAAGGGUUUUCUACUGUGCGCGCAUCAAUAAGACGGAUGAAUUUGCCUACUUGGGCACUGGAACCGGUGAUAUAGUGAAGAUCGUUCUUAACUGCUGCGAUCGCGAUCAUGUGAGCAAGCAAGGAUCCACCAGCUGCAUCCUGGGAGCCUUUGGCACCCACAAUCCCCGAAAGCCAUCCGGCAGGGAUUGUAAUCGCUAUGUGAAUGGUGUACGAGCUUUGUAUGUCCUGGAAGGAGGACGUUUACUAAUUGGAGCUGGAAAUGGGGAUAUUGAGCUAGUGGAGGAGCGAACUGAUGUGCCGCUAAUUAACUUCAGGGAUUAUCCAGGUCCCACGUGGCCAUAUCUGCGCACCCUGAAGAAGACUCAUGUUUCUGGAAGGAUUUCAUCGUUUGUGCGCUCCAAACCGGAGUCAUUUUACAUCUGCACGGACACAAACGAGAUCUAUGGACUUAAUAUCAAGACCUGGGUGCUCAAACUGCUGCGAACAUGCCACACCAAGUCGGUCUACUGCAUCACGUUUCCAAAGAAUUACUCGGGAGUGUUUGCCACAUCUGGCAAAGAGUGCAUCCGCAUCUGGUCUUCGGGGCGCAAACAGGAGCUGCUCCGCAUCAUGGUCUACAACUUCAACUGUGCUUGUGUUCGAUUUACCCACGAUGGAACCAGUAUUGUCUCUGUAUGGAAUGAUGGAAUUAUACGAGCCUUUACUCCUAUCACCGGAAGACUCAUCUAUGCUAUUCCCAAUGCUCAUAAUAAAGGAUGCAGUGCUUUGGCCGUAGCGUCCACGGGUCGUCUAAUUAUCACGGGCGGCAUUGAGGGGCAAGUGAGGGUUUGGAAGAUAGAUCCCUAUCGCCAGGAUCUUUUGGGCGUGCUGAAGGAUCACUCGGGACCCAUAACGUCGCUGGAUAUCAAUUACCUUGACACCGAAGUGAUCUCCGCCUGUACCGAUGGUUCUUGUGUGAUCUGGGAUAUAAAACGCAUGACUCGUAAACAAGUGGUAACUGCCAACACUCAAUUUAUGUCUGCUUCCUAUUUCCCAACCGGAGUCCAAGUGAUCACCUGCGGUUCGGACGGCAGGAUCAUCUACUGGAUGGUGUACAAUGGAGCCUUGAUCAGGGAACUCACUGCCUCCAAGAAGUCAUCGGUUAAUUGCCUGGCCAUUAACGAAACUGGGGACUACUUCAUCAGCGUCGGCAGCGAUCUGCAGGUCAAACUCUGGGACUACAACAGUGGUUCUGUGGUGGGAUUGGGUUCCGAGCACGCCUCCUCGGUGAUCAGCUGUGCCUAUAGUCCCUGCAUGACCAUGUUCGUCACUGGCAGCACGGACGGAUCGCUGAUUAUCUGGGAUGUGCCGCGGGACUUUUGGGGCAGGCCCAAUCCGCCAGAUGCAACCAAAUACUCGCUGCCCAAGACAUCGUCCAAAACGAGGAUGAGUGAGGUGCCGGCCAGAGUGAAUUCCGGCACAAAUCUGAAGACGCCAAAGGGCGAGAACAUCGACGGGCUGCUCAAGGCCACACCCAAGGACGAUCUCUGCUGCGUGGAGUGCCCGCCCUGCGCCAAAAAGGAGGCCAAGGCCUCCGAUGCUUUCGCCGAGUGUGGAAUAGUGCCGGACGUCAGGAAGUGCUGAGCCCUAUUCGUUUGAGUUCCCUUUAUGUCCUGAAAUAAAUGCUGUUUUUCUUCUGUCAGCUGGA